UAUAUAAACAUUAAGUCGGCACCGUUAUCAAAUACUCAAACGACUCAUUCGUCAAUAAAAAUCGAGACUCGACAACAAUCAUCAAGUAUUCCGUCGUUACAAUUAUCAAGUAUUCUUUCGACACAAUCAUCAAGUAGUCUAUCUUCACAGUCAUCAAGUAUCCUGUCGUCGUUACAAACCUCAACUAUUAUGCCGUCACAAUCAUCAAGUAUUAUGACGUCACAAUCAUCAAUUAUUCUAUCGUCACAAUUAUCAAGUAUUCUUUCGUCACAAUCACCAAGUAUUCUGUCGUCGUUACAAUCCUCAACUAUUAUGCCGUCACAACCAUCAAGUAUUAUGUCGUCACAAUCAUCAAGUAUUAUGUCGUCACAAUCAUCAAGUUUUCUGUUGACAGAUGAUAUUAUUGCUUCGGGAUUGUCUAGCUACAGUGUCAUUUUCACUCCAACAAAAGGGGAAGUUUUGUUAACAAGCAUGUUGUUAUCUAGUACUUUAUUGACUGAUAUAUAUCAUGGGUUUUCAGAUAUAUCACAACCGCCUGUUUCAAUACCAGUUGUAGAUCAAACUACUAUUGUAGAUACAUUAAAUGAUGAUAAACAAAUUAAGCAACUUCCUAAUCAAAAGACAUUGUUAUUAACUCAAUCUAAUACAUUGAGCUCUGACAUGUCAUUAAUGGCAGAUUAUUUUUCAUCAAACAUUUAUGAUCCUACAGUAGUAAGGUCCACUUCUUCUUAUAACCCGGUGUCGGGUAUUCAAGAAAUUAGUGAAAUAUAUAAAGAAACACCACAUAUCUCUAGUUCAACGACAUCGUCAUUGACGAAUAACUUUCGAGUAACAUCAGAAACUUCGGAUUAUGGUUCUAUAUCGGACAUUGAUGUCAGUUCUGCUGUCUCGUUUCUUCCUAAAUCAUCGAUUGCCAAAGAUCCACCAAGUACAGAAGUACCAUCUACAUAUAACUUACCGGUAGCUUGUCACAUGACAGAACACAUAUUUUUGAACGGUACCGGUAGCUUGGUUGUAGAUAUAUCACCGUCAACAGGACAACUUGGCUGUUCAUGGUUAUUGCUUGGAAAUGUUAAUGAGACAAUUGAAGUCAAUAUAACAUACUUAAAUAUGUAUACUGGUGUUGACUGUGAAAGUGAAGGUGUUGUCUUACAUGACGGAUUUUCAUCCAAGGACGGUGUUUUAAUCAACUUGUGCAACUAUUCUUCUUAUUUUAACCUGUUGUCGUCUGGAGCGGCUUUAUUUGUUGAGGUUGCAACAAGAGGACAUAUUAAUUUUACAUUAGAAUAUAACAUCAAACUUAAAGGUUUGGAUUGUCCUGCCAGACUAUCAAAGUGUGGUGAAAGGAACUGUCUUCCAUCAGAAUGGUGGUGUGAUAACGAGGCUGAUUGUUACCAUGGUGAAGACGAACAGUCAUGUGGCCCUUGUGGAAAAGGUGAGUUUAGAUGUGGCAAUGGUCAGUGUAUUAAUGAUAUCUUACAGUGUAAUGGACGAUGUGAAUGUGAAGAUGCCUCAGACGAGAAUGGUUGUGCAAUGCUUGAUGAUAUGGUUCUCCGUAUACGUCAUGGUAGAUCUUGGCUUCCGGUCUGCGCAGAUGAUUGGGAGGACACAGUUGGUGAUUUCAUAUGUAAAUAUUUAUCAUUCGAUCAUUUCUUAGGAUCGCAAACUGUUCCUUCCAGUCAGACAGUAUAUAUGUCCCACAAGCAAGGACAACAAGAUGGCAACCAUUUGUAUAGUUAUUUACAUCCUUCGACGGUUUGCCAGAGUAGCGCGGAGAUUAUACUUAACUGUAGUAAGAAAGCUUGUGGAGAACGAAGCCCUUCAUUAAUGGUACCUUAUAUAAUUGGUGGCACCCAAGCAUAUAAAGGACAGUGGCCAUGGGUUGUUGCCGUUAGAAAAGGGAACAAUUUUAUCUGUGGAGGAACACUGAUAUCUGACCGCUGGGUGAUCACAGCUGGACACUGUGUUGAAAGUGUUCUUAGUGUACCACAUAUGGUGUCCAUCGUUACUGGCACUCCAUUGAAAGACGGAAGAGAUGGCCACGUUAUUCGUGUAUCAGAUAUUAUUAUGAACCCUGACUACAACUUUAUCUAUAAGGCAGAUAUCGCUGUGUUGCUUUUACAGAUGCCAGUUACGUUUGAUGAUUAUACAAAACCUAUAUGUCUGCCUAACACCUUACAACAUAUACCACGUGACUCUAUUUGUUAUACUGCUGGGUGGGGAUUAACGGAUCCAAAGGAUGCAACAUUACAAAAACGUCGAAAUGAUUUGAUGUAUGCUAAAGCGUUCAUGUGGUCUAACUCGAAAUGUAGUUUAGCAUAUUCAUCAGAUAUAAAUGAUGGAAUGGUAUGUGCUGGGAUUCUGGCGGGAAAAGGAGGCGACACAUGUCAAGGUGAUAGUGGUGGUCCACUUAUGUGUACAAAUAACCAUGGAACUUGGCAGUUGGUUGGUGUGACCAGUUGGGGUGGUGGUAUUUGUGGCAAAUCUACGUUACCGGGAGUGUAUACAAGAGUAGCAAAAUUUGAUACAUGGAUAAAGACUGUCACAUCAAUCAGAGAUCAUAACCAUAAUACUAAGUGUGAUUUUGAAAAGUCAGGAUUAUGUUCACUAGAGGAUAUAUCCAUGGGUAGCUUUAUGUGGACAAAACGGAAAGCAGGCUGGACUUUAGGAGGUCAACCUUUAACAGAUAGUACAACUCGAACAUCAGAAGGUCAUUAUGUAUACGCAGAUACAUAUAUGGUACAAGCAAACCAAUCCAAUAACGCAGUCCUUAAACAAAGACUCAGUGAUAAUGGGAAAGACAGGUGCUUGACAUUUUCUUACAAAUUUUUCAACAAUAACUGUUUAAAAUUAUCAGUUGUUGACGUCAGGAAUGAUGGUGUUCAGCAUGUAUUAUGGGAAUUGUCAUAUAUAUCCGGUGAUUGGAUGGAAGCAGCCAUAGCGAUUGCAUCACCAGUUACUGAAGUACAUGUUGUAGCUUCCCGGAUAAUUAACCAUUUUGAUGGAGGCGUUGCUAUAGAUGAUAUUGAAGUUUUAGAUAGAACAUGCAAUGAUACAAAUGUGUUUAAAUGUCAUUUUAAUAAUGGGAAUACAUGUGGAUAUACAAAUAGCAAGACAGACAUUGGGUACUGGGAAACACAUCAAUCUUUUACACUUUCUAACACCGAAUGGUGUUUAAGGUUUAAUGGUGACAAUUUCCCAUCUGGGACAAAAGCCAAGUUAACCUCGUCUAUUUUACACAGUAGCGGUCCAAGAUGUUUCAGUUUUGUGUACAAACUAUGUCACCAAAAUGCCAAUUACCUGUCUGUUUUAGUAGGAUACGUGUUUAAUGGCAUACAAUUCUAUGGAUCGAGCGUAUGGGCUAGAUCUGUUGGUACCAUGGAUUGCAGUGUCUGGUCCAAAGGACACGUAGAUAUACCAUCAAUAGCAUUAGAUCAUUUUAUUGCUAUACAAGUUGAACGCGGUCAUCAAUCUGAUUCUGUUUAUAUAGAUGAUAUUAUGCUUCAGAGUGGGAACUGUUUUUAGUGAAGAAGGAUCUAUGAAUUUUUGAUAGCUAGCAAAUACCAAGUUUUUCUAAAGAUGAUCCCAAAUCAGAAAAGAUGAGAACACAGCACACGUGAUGUGUUAGUUUUAAAAACUUACCUAUGUUGAUAUUUUGUCAAUUUCAUGGAGUUAUAGGUUACAUUCAUGUUAACAUACGCAAUUUCCCAUAGGAUCUUCUAUUACGACUAAAACUGUGUCACUUUACUAUAAAGUGUCGUCACAAAAUAGAUCCUCGAAUGGAAAGUUUAUAUAGACAAUAUCUGUUAAGUGUCUUUAUUUUAAAUGUCAGCUGUAUUUGUACGAGGCUACGAAACAGGUGUAAUGCGAGCUUUACAAAACACAAAAACUCACAUUUUUUGCAUUUAUUUUCGAUCUAAAGUCCCCUGAGGCUAGCGUAGUAAUAUUUAAAUCACACUUUCACCUAAAGACGGGUUCUCAAAAAUGAAUCUCGAAUGGUCAACAAUAAUACAUCGCUCAAGGUGAAUCAUUAUCUAUUUUAACAUAACACCUAAUUUCAACAGGAAAACAAAUAACAAAGCAUUAUCCAAUUAGAUUCAGAAGUGUACGAGUUGGCCUACGGUUCAAAAUUUUGAACUGAACUUGACAUUUACUAAACUUGCAUGCUGAAUUUGACAUGGUUGAUUUUGUUACACGUGUACACUUUCAACUUUAAAAUCGAUGAUUGUCCUCGCUGAAAAUACUGCUGUUUAUGAUUGUCUAUUAUCAAACAAUUGGUUUAGUUCUUGUUGCUCUAAAGAAAUGUUUGAGAACAAACAGAACGUAUAAAAGUAAUCGUUAGUUCGUAUAAGGUCAAACAUAACUUCAUUGAAAUGCGACUGCGAUACACAUUCUGAGGUCACGCAUGUUCAUACAACACUCAUCAACAGCAACACGCAAAGUCUUGGAAUUAAAUUACACGUGUGAUCAAACCUAAAAAUGUUAACCUAGAUAAUUUAUUUUGCUGUCCAAAUUGAUUCGCCAAUAAAAAUUGUUCAUGUAGUAAAACAUCUUAUUUUACUGUUCUUUCAAUAUUCAGUCAACCUAUAAAUACAAAUACGCAGUCACUUUCCCAAUUAAAAGAUGUUAAAUUACUAACAAACCAGUAAAAUAAAACAAAAACCGAACUCCAUUGUCAAUUGAUGCCAUGAAUAUUAGUGAUGUUAUCCAAUCAAAAUGAACGUUACAAACAUUGUUGCUUUAGAACACUAAGUAGAUAAUAUAAAAAAGUCAUA